AUGAUUGAGAGUAUAGACCUUACUGAUGCUGGAGUCAAGCUUAUUUCUCAAAGCUUUGAUGAGAAAAUCUAGAAUUUAAAUCUAUUAAAGCUUGAUAUAGGAAAAGAUUCAAGAUCCUAUGAAACUGCAAAUGAUAUCGACUAUAAGGCUAUUGGCUAUUUGAGAUAUCAAAUGGAGCUGAAUAGCUAUCCAGUGCUUUUGGUUCUAAGAUUGAAACAAAAUAAAAUUGGCGAUAUUGGUUGUAAAAUCCUCGCCUAAAUCAUGCUGUCCGUAAAAGGCAAGGAAAAUUUAAGAGAACUAGAUCUUGCUGAGAAUGAAAUUUCAUCUUCAGGAUUUUAUCAUUUAUCCCUAGCUCUUGUCAUUCCUUCCGCUCUACAAAAGCUUCAUCUUUAAAACAAUAAAAUAAUGGCGAGAGGGGCAUUACUUCUGACUUACAAUUACCUUGAUAAUUUGAGAUUAUUGUAAAAGUUAAAUCAGCACAGAUCAGAAAAAAUAAAGGACUUUAAUGGUGUGAAACUAUUUGUUAAUGACAAAUGUUUUUAUUGA